AUGCCGCGCACCCCCUCGUUGGACGGCGAGAUCAAGCCUUCUUCCAAGCCGUACGACCGCAAGCCCACACCCAAGAUCCCCAAGGCCGAAGGCAAGCCCAAGCCCGAGCCCACGGCCGCGGCGCCCUCCGCGUGGACGCCCGCCGAGUGCCUCGCCCUCUUUGACCACGUCAAGCGCGUCGGCGAGCGCCAGUGGGAGGACGCGGUGCCCGGCCGCAGUGGCCCGGUGUCGCGCAAGGCUUGGAAGAACCGCGUCGAGCCCUUCAUCCGCAAGGCGCUCGCGAGCAAGAACGGCGCCAGCACCGCCGACAAGUAG